AUGCGCGCCAUCCUUGUAGAACUAAAACUCUACCCAAAGCAUGUCAUCGCCAACGCCCGUACACUUGCCGCUGCUCUGGUGUUCCACAGCUACAGACUGCAGACUGGCGGUACUGACAACCACCUCAUCCUCUGGGAUCUUUGCCCCAUUGAUCUUACCGGCAGCAAAGUCAAGAAGGUCUGCGAUCUCAUGGGUAUCACAAUCAACAUUUCCGGUGGAUUCCGUCUCGGCACAUCCGCGCUCACCUCGUGCAACAUGAAAGAGGAGUAUAUCAAGGUCUUUGCCAAGUUUCUGCACUGCCCCGUGCAGCUCUUGCUCUUGCUCCAGAAGGAGGCCGGCUCGAAGCAGGACUGUGUCUGCGUUGCAACUGUGCCCCAGGACAGCCUCAAGAGAUACAAGCAGGUGACGCAGCUCAGGGAGGAGGUCAUCAUGUUUGCCAGCAAAUGGCUGCUCCCCGGCAUCGAUGUUGUGACGCUCACUAGGCAUGAGCGUCUGCAUGAGUAA